AUGGGGGAGGGAGAACCAUGUGUUCACACAGAAGGGUUGCGUUUCUUGAGACUUCCUCAUCCGCGGACCGGCAUAUCGUCGUUAUUCAUCCCACACGAAACGCCGGAAACUAGCUCUAUUCUCGAGGUCCAGUCAGUCGCCCCUCCUAAUCGCCGGUCAUGGUUUCUGCAGGAGGAAGUCGUGGAAGACGGCAAGCUCCUGGUCAUGACACCCAUAGACCCUGCCUUCCUGCUCAUACAUCUGCUGCAGCUCACCUUGCCGACAAACGGAACCGCGGGUAACUUUCGUCCUGCGGACGACAUCAUUGAAGCAGCUGCCAGUGCAGUUACAUCUUCCACGACGGAAGGCGGUGUCGCGGCAUUUUCUUCCGGCGAUAUUCUACACCUAUCAACCCUACGCUGUGUACAUGCAGCCAUGCGGCGCGUCUGUGAGUACAAAGAGAUCACUCCGGAGAUUACCGUAUUCAGGUACUCGCCAGAGCGGGCACAAGAAUACCUCCGUACAAAGGUUUCUCGCCUGUCAAACCCGAGCGUUUCCGAACUUUCGCGCACUUUGAACCGCAAUCUCGCCAAGGACGGCCUGCUAGAAGACGGAAAGGAAACACUGUUGGUUUCCGCUCGCACCCGGGUCGCCUGUGAUCUUGUCGCACAAUACCUCGCACGCGACGUGUUUGAGAAUUUGCUCUCCUCUUACGAUUUCGCAUCCCUUGAUGCCCACAUGAAGGUGCUCAAGGAUGAGUCGAUGGCCCUUGCCGCAGUCAACAUGAAUGCAAUCGAGGCAAAGGAAAGCAGGGAUCAGAAAGUCGCGAGUGCUGCUGACAAGAAACGCAAGGCGAAGGGGUCGCACGGCGUGGAACAGCUGAAGAAAGCGAACACGAAGGGCAUGUCGAAGUUGUCCUCGUUCUUUCAAAAGAAAUAG